AAAACCCAGACCGAUUGAUUUGGGCUUCAAAUAAUAUUUGAACGUCGUUUCGUAUCACCUGGUCUCCAUAAACACUGCAAAACCCUACUCUCACUCAGACUCCAGUGCAUCGGUGCUCCCCCAACAAUAGCAAUAAACCCUAAACCAACCCUAACGAGGUAGCACGGGUCAACUCGGUCUGCCAUGGACGAGUCUCCCGCCGAACCUGCCCCGGUCCCCAAGGUCUCGAACGGCUGGGCGGACCGAACGCCGGAGGAGCUGGUAGCCAAGUCCAUAGCUCCUGUGAAGAAACAGUUCCUUUGCCCUCCGCCUAUCAGAGCUUGCUCAAACGAGCAGAACGACGCCGUUUCCGGUGGGAAAACAAAGCCUGCCCAGACUAGCGUAGUGAAGGAGAAGAAGUCCAAGCGGCAGCUCAAGCGCGAACGCCAGCAGGCGGUGAAAUCGGCUGUAGGCAUCUGCCCUGAGGUAGCAAAAAGAGGAGAUGUUAGUCGGUGUCCGUACAACGACAAAUGCCGCUUCAGCCACGACAUAGAAGCUUAUAAAGCUCAGAAACCUGAGGAUAUAGAGGGAGAUUGUCCUUUCAUGACUGCCCAAGAGACAUGCCCUUAUGGGUUGGCAUGUAGGUUCUUGGGUUCACAUAAAGAUGGCGUUGAAGCUGGAGAUGUGAGCGCUCACAGGAGAAUCUCUGAGAUGAAUGGAUUAAGCAAAGAUGUUCAAAAGCUUUUGUGGAAGAACAAAGUGAAGUUCCCCAAGGCAGAUGCCAAACUCAAGGCUCUUGGUCUCCUGGGGCAUGCUAAUUCAAAAAUAAAGAUUUUGGAAAAUAAGAAGGAUGACCAGGUUAUUUCAAAUAACUGUCAUGUUACUGACGGAAAUGGCUGUACUGAAUUGCCCAAUAACUCAGAUGAUAAAAUGGAAUUUGCCGCUGAAAUAAGAGAGGAGAAUGGUGUUGAUGAAACAUUUUCAUUGGAUGAAUCUCGGCCUUUGAAGAAGCCAAGAUCUGUAAUUGAAGAGGAGAUUUUAUCUGGUGAAGUAGAUGAUGGAGGUGUGAAUGCUACAGCAGAAGUGGUUGAGCCAAGCUGCACAUCACCUGAACCAGAGGCUACUGCUGAUAUUGUAUCACCAGAAAGUGAUAGAAGCCUAAAAUUACACCCACGUGAAAAGAAGCUUAUUGAUUUUAGAGAAAAGCUGUACCUUGCGCCUCUGACCACUGUUGGAAAUCUUCCAUUCCGAAGGGUGUGCAAAGGGUUAGGAGCAGAUAUAACAUGUGGUGAAAUGGCAAUGUGUACGAAUCUUUUGCAGGGUCAAGCAUCAGAAUGGGCACUUCUAAGGCGACAUUCAUCUGAGGAUUUGUUCGGUGUUCAGAUAUGUGGAGCAUAUCCAGACACUGUGGCACGCACUGUUGAACUUGUAAAUCAGGAAUGUACGGUGGACUUUAUUGAUAUAAAUAUGGGGUGCCCAAUAGAUAUUGUUGUGAACAAAGGUGCUGGAUCAGCUCUCCUUACAAAACCAAUGCGGAUGAAAGGCAUUGUACAAGCAGCUUCUGGUACAGUGGACUGUCCUAUAACUAUUAAGGUCAGGACAGCCUAUUUUGAGGGGAAAAAUCGCAUUGAUUCGCUUAUUGCAGACAUGGGAAACUGGGGAGCCAGUGCAGUAACAAUACAUGGUCGAUCUCGACAGCAACGCUACAGCAAGCUUGCAGAUUGGGAAUACGUAUACCAGUGUGCCAGAAAGGCCCCUGAUGCUUUGCCAGUACUUGGAAAUGGAGACAUAUUUUCGUAUUUGGAUUGGAACAAGCACCAGGCUGAAUGCCCUGAGCUUUCUACAUGCAUGAUUGCUCGAGGAGCACUAGUUAAGCCUUGGAUUUUUACUGAAAUAAAGGAGCAGAGACACUGGGAUAUCAGUUCUGGGGAGCGGUUGAAUAUUUUAAAGGAUUAUGUACGUCUUGGCCUUGAACAUUGGGGCUCUGACACUAAAGGUGUGGAGACAACUAGGCGUUUUUUGUUAGAAUGGCUUAGCUACACUUGUAGAUAUGUACCUGUUGGCCUUCUAGAGGUCAUUCCUCAACGGCUGAGCUGGCGCCCACCGUCCUAUUUUGGUCGUGAUGACCUUGAGACACUAAUGGCCUCUGAUUCUGCUGCGGACUGGGUUAGGAUCUCUGAGAUGUUGCUCGGCAAGGUUCCAGAUGGCUUUACAUUUGCACCAAAGCAUAAAUCCAAUUCCUACGACCGAGCAGAAAACGGCUGAUUUUCUGUGGCUUCUUGAUGUUCUCGUGUAUGAACCAGAUGAUCUUCCGCUUAUUUGUCCAUGUGGAUGAACCAGAUCUAAUUUACUUGCCUCAUGCCUCAUGCCUCAUGCCUCAUGCCUCAUGCCUCAUGCCUCAUUCACUAUAUGCUAAAUGUCACAAAUAAUUCUAACUGAGGUAUGCCCCGACUUGGGGGAAAAAAAGAAGCCAACAGUUCAUAAUUUAAAGUUCUCUUUAGGUGCCAAUUUGUCCAUUGACCCUUGAAUUUUGAAGCUGUUCGAUUAAAAUCUGAUAUUGGUGUUACGCUAUUAUUCUUAUUUUAAAAAUAUUUAUUUUGUAUU